AUGAAAGCCAACUUCUUCCACCAGAUUGCCUCCCAGCUGCUAGGUAGCAUUUUGUGGGGGCGUGGGGAGGGAAGGGCCGAGCUGCCCGGUGACGUCGCGCCGGCGGGGGCGGGGCCGGGCCGCAGAGCUUGUGACCCUGCGGCCGCCGCUGAGCUGGGGGUUAAUGGGAAAAGUUUUGGCAGGAGCGGGAGGAUUCUGCGGAGCCUGCGAGACGGCGGCAGUGGCGCCUUAGGCAGCCGGGACAGAGUGAAGCAGGAGUUCCAGCCCAUCCAGGGUUACCACUGUGGCAACUGGUACGUGCAACAGCCCAGCUCUUACCUUCUUUCUGGCUACAGCUACAGCUGUGCAGUGGAUGGAAAUGGACAGAACUGUUUUUCUGCAUGUGAGACCCCUCAACACACAGCUGGAACUUUGGUUAUGCCUAAGGAAACCACAGCUCUAGCUGAAAACCAAGAUGAAGACCCACUAGAAGAUCCACAUCUUCAUUUGAAUAUUGAGGAAUCAAACCAAGAGUUUAUGGUGAAAAGUGAAGAACUCUGCGACUCCCUCAUGAAUUGCCACUGGCAGCCGCUGGAUACAGUUGACUCAGAAAUUCCAGAUGACACCCCAAAGUGAAGCAAGAUGUUCAUUAAGCUCCCCAGUUAUCAUAUUAAUUGUGUCUUCUUUUGUUUAGGGAAAAAAGUAGUUCUCCCAGGAAGGUACUGGAUUCUGUAUAUGAAAACUAGCAUCCAGGGCUUCCGUGUGAUUGACAUAAGAGAACAUUAAUGUAAAUAAACUUCACCAGCACA